AUGGAAACCGCAAGCCCGGACAGGCUCUCCAGCUUACCUCUUGAGACUCUGUAUGAAUUAUUUUCAUGUGUUGAGGCUGGUGCGCCACUCGACUUUCGAUGGCCGAGUCAUGACCCCAAAUGGUGGGUUCUCAAUAUUGAAGAAGGCGACCAGCCACUUCAAGUAGCCAUGAUGCAUUAUCAAGUCGAAGCCGUGGAGUGGAUGCUCGGUCAAGGGGUCAACCCCUACGAGAAGGACGACAAUGGCAAGAGGCGGACCCUUGAACUGAUCUGCGAGUCACGGUUGCUCAAAGGCCACUACGAAAAAAAGCUCCAGGUGGCUGCCAGAUGGAGGCACAAACGGCUUCACAUACCCGACAGGGACGUACUGGCGCUCCGGGGUCGUAGAAUGUUCGACUCCUUGCUGAGAGCCGGUGCCUUGCUCAAUCCAAGGCUAACUAGGGCUCUCCAGUGGAAACCCGAUCAAGUGGAAGCCAAGCCUGUAGAAGUCAAGGGAUAUAUCUGUCAAGACCCUUUGUCUCUCCUUCCCCGCAAAAUACUGCUCAAGGUUUUGUCGCAUCUCUCCCCUGUUAAUGGUGGCUGCAGUCUAGUCUUGACGUCAAGAUUCCUCUAUCAGACCCUCAUCUUGGACCUGUACAGAGAAACGGGCAGGCAGAUGAGCUGGCUCCCUAUUUUUGUUGGGGCACUGGAUGGCAACCUUCUCACCCUUCAAGCCUGCCUCAGAGCCGGUGCGCCAAUAGAUCACCAGUGGGAGGGCAACCAUCUGAGAUCCGGGUGGCGGUUUUCUCGCCGCAUUCGACCUCUGCACGUUGCCGUAGACUAUGCUCAGAUUUCUUCCGUAAGAUGGCUCCUUGACAAAGGGGCCAAUCCCGAGGUGGCCCCAGGGGACGAAAGAUCAUCGCCGCAUUUGCGGGCUUGGUUCAAAGCCCUGGUGCCUCCCUAUCCGGAUAGUAGACAGGUCCUGUGGUGGAGACAGAAGGACUUCACGGUACCGCAUCAGGAAACAUUGAAAGAAGAAUACCGGGGGAUCUUGGAGCUCUUGCAAUCUUUUACGGCAUCGAGUUUUAAUGCCCUCAUGUGCCUAUAA